UGUCCGGUAGCUGAUUCAGUCUGAUUGGGAGGGAGAAAUUAAAAAAUAACCUAAGAAAUGAGACCAGCAGAGCUCCUGCGCCGCCCUCUUCCCACCCAAACCGCCAAGCUCACCCUCGGCUGCCCCAUCCUCGAUCGCCUCCUCCAUGGCGGCAUUCCUUGCGAGAGCAUCACCGAAAUCGUUGCCGAGAGCGGCUCCGGGAAAACACAGCUUGCGCUUCAGCUACUUCUCGCCGCACAGCUCCCAGUUUCCGACGGAGGCCUCGCCGCUGCCUCCCUAUACCUCCACUCUGAAUUCCCAUUCCCCUUCCGCCGCAUCCACCAGCUAUUAUUUCACAGACCCCACUCCCCCCAUAACCCUCUCGAUCGGAUUUUCAUCGAGCCCCUACAUUCUGUCGACCACCUGUUCGACGUAUUGCCUCGCUUAGAUAUUCUCAUCCCCAAAUCGAACAUCAAGCUUAUAGUAAUCGACUCCGUAGCGGCAUUGUUCCGAGGGGAGUUUGACAACACCGCACCCGAAUUGAAGCGAAGAUCGGGUUUGUUCUUCAAGAUAUCAUCCAAAUUGAAAUUCUAUGCACGGAAAUUCGGGUUGGCUGUUGUGCUGACAAACCAAGUGACGGAUGUAAUAGAGUCUUCUGAUAAUCUUAGGAUAGGGAAUCCUGUAUCUUUGUGCACUUCGGGGAGGAAGGUCUGCGCAACUUUGGGGUUGUCGUGGGCGAAUUGUGUGAAUACAAGGUUGUUCAUGUGGAGAGAGGAGGAUAGAGUGGGAGAUGAUAAUGUGCAGACCAGGAGAUUCUUGAGGGUUGUGUUUGCACCUCAUUUACCAGAUUCUUCCUGUGAAUUUGUCAUUAGAAGAGAAGGGCUUUUUGGAGUUUGACAGAUGAUGAUUCGGGUCGAAAUGGCUAUUUCGUUUGAACAGAGCAUAAUCGAUUAUUGAAGACGAAAGCCAAAUUUUGGAUUUGUGCUGGUUCGUGGUCAAGGUACGAGACGACUGGCAUAAGGCCGGAGUAUUUGAGGGAUGCAACACCAGUUAGACAAGUUGGGAGGAAGAUUCAAGACUGCUUAUGCAAUGGGGAGCCGAUAUGGAAGAUCCAGUCUAGAACUGGAAAAGCUCGAAUCCUCGUUGGCCAUGGCCUUGAACAUGAUUUAAAAUGCUUGGAGUUUGAAUGUCCCGAGUUUUUCAUUAGGGAUGCUGCAAAAUAUCCGCCAGUUGGUGUCUGCAGAUAAUAUUUCUGCAUGAUUUCAUAGGUGUCAUUAUGUAAAGGGAUUUAUAUAUGCAAUUACUUAAUCAAAUGUAUAUGGACUCAGAUAUUGGCUGAUUAGCUGCGCUUCAAUGCUUGCCUGUUGAUAUGAUUACUUAACUUGGAAUCAAAAAGCUAUGGUACUGUUGAAAUAUACCCAGAAACACACUUUACAUGUACAUUUAAACCUUCUUUAUUAGAAAGUAUUUUGUUUCACAAUUCCUAUUUGCAGGAAAAGAUACA